GAGGAAGAUGGAGACCCACAUCUCGUGCCUGUUCCCGGAGCUGCUGGCCAUGAUCUUCGGCUACUUGGACGUCCGAGACAAGGGUCGCGCGGCGCAGGUGUGCACGGCCUGGCGGGACGCCGCCUACCACAAGUCAGUGUGCCGGGCGAACCCGUUGGUGUUCCCCAGCCUUCAGGCCCGGGGCAUCCGCCACGUGCAGAUCCUCAGCCUCCGCCGCAGCCUCAGCUACGUGAUCCAGGGCAUGGCGAACAUCGAGAGCCUCAAUCUCAGCGGCUGCUACAACUUCACCGAUAACGGCCUGGGCCACGCGUUCGUGCAGGAGAUCGGCUCGCUGCGCGCUCUCAACUUGAGCCUCUGCAAGCAGAUCACAGACAGCAGCCUGGGCCGCAUAGCCCAGUACCUCAAGGGCCUGGAGGUGCUGGAGCUGGGGGGCUGCAGCAACAUCACCAACACCGGUCUUCUGUUCAUCGCCUGGGGGCUGCAGCGCCUCAAGAGCCUUAAUCCCCGCAGCUGCCGCCAUCUCUCGGACGUGGGCACAGGGCACCUGGCCGGCAAGACGCGCAGCGCUGCGGAGGGCUGCCUGGGCCUGGAACAGCUCGCUCUACAGGACUGCCAGAAACUCACGGAUCCUUCUCUGAAGCACAUCUCGCGAGGGCUGACGGGCCUCAGGCUCCUCAACCUCAGCUUCUGUGGCCGGAUCUCGGACGCGGGCCUUCUGCACCUGUCGCACAUGGGCAGCCUGCGCAGCCUUAACCUGCGCUCCUGCGACAACAUCAGCGACACCAGUAUCAUGCAUUUGGCCAUGGGCAGCCUGCGCCUCUCCGGUCUGGAUGUGUCAUUCUGUGACAAGGUGGGAGAUCAGAGCCUGGCUUACAUAGCCCAGGGACUGGACGGCCUCAAGUCCCUCUCCCUUUGCUCUUGCCAGAUCAGUGACGGUGGCAUCAACCGCAUGGUGCGACAGAUGCACGGGCUGCGCAUGCUCAACAUUGGACAGUGUGUGCGCUUCACGGACAAGGGACUGGGGCUGAUCGCUGAGCACCUGAGCCAGCUCACAGGCAUAGACCUGUACGGCUGCACUAGGAUCACCAAGCGCGGCCUGGAGCGCAUCACGCAGCUGCCCUGCCUCAAGAGUCCUCCACAGCAACAUGAGAGACCAUGGAGAAACCCAGAGACCUUUAUCAAUUAAUUGUACUGUUUGUGAAUUUGUAUAAAUGAUAACAAAGAUCCUCUUAAAACGUUUAUAUUCUUACAGUAAAAGGUUAAACCGAUAUUUAUAUAAUAAAAGAGGAAAUAUGAAGUAUGUUUUUGAAGAAAAAAAAAGCACAAAAAAAAAAGUGUCAGUAAGUGGGCUUAUGUAGAAUUGUUUCAAUUGAGCUUGCGUAGAUUGUUGUCCAUAUCCCAAUGUCAGGCUGUCAACUAUUACCAGAGGUGUGGCUCACUAAAUCAUGACUGUUCCUCUUAGCUUCAGUCAUCUAUAUACAGUCUUUCUGGUCAUGUGCAGUGGCAACAAAUUCUACUCUAAUGGUCAGGGUGAACAUGAACAAAAAAGACUUCGUGACAAAAUGAGGAACACACACACAUGCACGCACACACAGAAGAGAGAGACAGAGUUAGACAAAGGCAAACUGAAAAACAGACAGAUACAGAGAAACAGAGAAAUAUGGAGGGUAGAGACAGAGACAUGGACAGAGACAAAGAGACAGAAAAAUUCCUAAAGGAUAUAUUUGUGAAAAUACCAUUGUGUGAAUGUAAAUUCUGUAUUCUAAAAUAGAGACAUUGACUCCUUGAAGCUCAGUGAAAGGUAUUUGAAAAUCAACAUUUCUUAAAUGCCACAUAAAAGCCUCUAAAGUAGGAAUUUUGGAUUUUUGGAGACUUGGCUGUGACUUGUGAGGUUUUUCUGGAAGCUGUCUUAUAAGAGGAUAUUUUUGCUGAAGCAAAGAGGUGGGGGUAUAUUUUGCUAAGAACAGACACAUGGUGCUUUCCUGUACGCUGCCUGGAAAGAAGUCAUGUGAUACUUUGCUAGAGCAGACAUUUGAGAGAAAGCACGAUAUUUGGAAAGGGUAUAAAGACAGCCCAGUAGACAGUGGGCAGCACUGUGUGGUGUCCGUUCACUUUGCUACUCUUUGCUGGUCCUCCUCUGUCAUGAUGGUGUAGAGAGAAAUGCACCAAAAAA